AUGACGCCACUGUCAUUGGCAGCAAGAAACGGCCACCAAGAGAUUGUUAGUCUGCUCCUUACGGUUAAUGGGGUCUUGCCCGACACCAAAGACACGGCGGAGUUUGGUCAAGGACGAACGCCGCUGUCAUAUGCGGCGGAGGAGGGCCACGAGGCGGUGGUCAAGCUGCUGCUCUCGGUGAACGGCGUUGAUCCAGACUCCAAGGGGAUGAACGGACAAACUCCGCUGUCUUGGGCAGCAGAAGAGGGGCGCGUGGCGGAGUACGAAGCAGUGGUAAGGCUGCUGCUCACAAGGGGCGAGGCCGAGCCGAACUCCAAGGAUACAGAAGGACGAACACCGUUAUCAUGGGCGGCAAAACAUGGGCGCACUUCCAUGGUUGAGCUGCUGCUC